CAAUCAUUACACCAAAACAGUCAUUUCCUUAGUAACGCUACAGAUGUAAACGUGACUCCUAUUCACUAAAACUAUACAAAUGGCGCUUCCUUUUUUACCUGGAAACAGUUUUGCUGAUCCAAAUAAAACCAGGUACCAUCUUUCACAGACAUUAGGAUAUAAAAAUGGAUAUAUUAUUCCAAAAGUUCAGGAUACCAAUGCUUUAACAGAAAAUGAUCUUGAUGAGUUAGCUAAUUAUCAACCAACAUUAACAUAUGGUAAAAAAAAAGAAUUCCCUAUGGAGCAGUUUUUACCGGCUCAUGUUAUUUUCGAUAAAAAGGUGCUGAUGUUUAAAGCAUUUUUUAAACAAACUGUUCAUGAAUCACACGAUGAGUUUUAUUGUGUGCGCCUUGUAAAAAUAUAUUAUUACUUAGAAGAUGAUUCAAUAAUGAUUUCAGAGCCAGUUGUAGAAAAUAGUGGGAUUCCUCAAGGUAAACUAAUUAAACGGCAAAAACUUCCUAAAAAUGAGUUUGGAGACACUUGGCACUGGAAAGAUUUUAAUAUUGGUGCUGAAUUGACAAUUUACGGAAAGACAUUUAAGAUAUAUGACUGUGACGAGUUCACCAAGGAAUAUAUGGCAUCAGAAGGUAUUGUAUUAAAUCAACCAGAGGAAUGCCCAUCUGAUCUCUACAACAUAUCUCGUGAACAACCCCAUCGCUCAUACAAAACUCCAACUCAAUUUGACAAGUUGAAGCAGUUUAUUGAAUUGGAUAGAAAAGUUUUACGUUUUUUUUGCAUAUGGGAUGACAGCGAUAAAAUAUUUGGAGAAAUAAGACCAUGUAUUUUACAUUUUUUUUUGGUUGAUAAUACUAUGGAAAUUCGAGAAAUACAUACUCCUAAUGAUGGAAGAGAUCCAUUUCCAGUUUUUAUUGGUAGAAGAAGAAUUCCUAUUGACUUGAAUAAUAUUCCUGUUUCCUUUCCUGCAAUUUGUAUGGAAUUAUCUGAAAAUGAAAUAACUGAAUGGUUUGAACCAAAGCAUUUCAAAAUUGGGGAAACAUUGUUUAUCCUAGGGCGUCGUUUUCUCCUUUAUGACUGUGACAACUUUACUAAAUCUUACUAUAGAGAAAAGUUCAAUGUUCAAGAAUUUACACCAUUAGAUGUAACAACAAAGGUUACUAACUUGAAGGAAAAGCAAAUUCCUCCAUAUAAUGGUUAUGGGUCAUUAGAAGAUUCUUUACAAUCAUGUUUAUCUUUAAUACCCCAACCUCCAAAAAAAGAUUUUAUUAAAAUUCUAGAAAAUGCAAAUAAGGUGUUACGUUAUUCAGCUAUUAUGAAAUCUGUUCAUGCUGAAGAUAAACUUAGACAUUUUAUCAUUUCUUACUAUCUUUCUGAUGAAAUGAUAGCAAUUUAUGAGAAACCUCAGCGAAAUUCAGGAAUAUUAGGAGGAAAGUUUUUAGAACGUACUCGUGUCCAGAAGCCAGGUUCACAUGUUGACUCACCAGAAUUUUAUACACCAACAGAUUUUGCCAUUGGAGCAGUGGUGGAAAUAUUCAAACAUAGGUUUAUUAUUACUGAUGCAGAUGAAUAUGUAUUAAAGUACUUAGAAUCUGGAAAAUUUCCAAUAUCUACAAUAAACUCUAUUAGAAUUAAACAUGGUAAAGAACCUUUAGAAACCUUAGAUGGGAUUAAUACUUCAAAAGAAAAUGAGUCGAAUACUAGUAAACAUUAUUCUGAAAGUCAAUCAAGAUACACAAAAUACGAUCCCGAAUAUAAGUGGAAGGUAUAAGUUCAGGAAGCUUUUCUCAUAUAAUUGUUUUUAGCUAUUUUUUUAUUUUAUUAUUAUG